ACCUUUAAUAAUUAUCCCCGUCGGCGCCUCUUGAUUCCGCGCGUCUCACGCUCACAUCUCGGCGCGGAUUGGACAAUUUCGAAUCAGUAUCUCGAAAGGACGACAAAGGCAAGGUGGAAAGAAGCCGGCUCUGAAUAUUUGUGGCAAAACUUAUUACCAUCUUAAAAUUUGAAGAAACGUCCACCUCUACUUCAUCCGGCUCCUUACAUAACAACAUAUAGAAAUCAAACUCCAGCAUCUGAGCACAACCAACAUUCCAAGAUGGCAACACCUGACAUGGACGUCAUCAAAGAGGUGCCGGGCUAUCGCGUUAUACUGAAGGCCGUCCUAAAGUCUCAGAUUCAACAACUGAUUGAACAACUUGCAAGCGCCACCAAUGAGGAGUCGAUCAUCCUUACAGCCAGCGUGGCUGAUGGUACCCUGAGUCAUCUCGGCUCAGACUCUGCCAAAGGCUUCCUUGAAGAUCACGAAGACGUCAAGUCCCAGUUCCUUGGCUACUGCUUAAAAAGCCACCACAAGAGGAAGCAAGAGCAAGAACAAAGGGAUCGGGAGGAGGAAAUGCGGAAGGCACAAGAGGCUGCAGCAGCUUCCUUAGCAUUGCAGCAACAGCAAGCUCAAUCCAUUCAGUCCAUGGGUAACAUGCCGGGCUCCAUGGGUUACAUGCCUCCCCGGGGACCAAUGCCUCGCUUCCAGGCCACAGCACGAUCACCGCGGCAACAGUUUCGGUCUCCAGGGGGAGGGUUGCGACAUCAGCCGUAUCCAGUGACCCGCCCCAUCCGUGCAGCAGCUUCCCCAGUCAGAUCUCCAAUGAAGUCACCAGCCAAGCUUGAUGGCCAAACGAUCAAGUUAGAGCCGGACGACGAAACCUCCAACCAAAGUGCAACUAGUCAGCCAUCUUCACCAUCAUCUCAUCAGAACUUGAAAUCGGAACCAGGAACCGACGACGCAAACUCAGAAUCAUCCUCAUCACACAACGAGCAGAAUCAAGAAGGACUUAGCUUAGGAGCAGACUUGUCUAGUUUAGUGUCAGGUGAUAACAGUGAACAUGAUCCAGACGUCAGUGUUAAACUCGAAGCAAUAUCUGAAGCGGAAAUGGACUUAGAAAUCACUGGUGUAGAGCCUGGGAGACCCAUGCAACCCCAGGAUUGGGGGGCUAAUGCUAUGGGAAUGAACUUUGACCCAACUGGUGCUACUGGUUCCCAGGCAGACAUGACAGGGCAGCAGGGAUACAGUGUCGGCUGGCCGGAGGUUUCAUUGAGCAAUAUUGCCAGUAAACGAUUUUCAACGCUAAAAGAGGAGGAUUUGAAGGCAUUGGAUCAUGACAAGGACUCUAAAAACACUAAACGUGUAGUUAAACGGGGUAUGAACUUGUUCAACGAAUUUCUUCGUUCCAACGACAUGGAUCUUGGCGAUCUCGUGGACGAUCUAGCUGAACUAAACAACCAGUUACGCUAUUUCUAUGCAACUGUGCGUCAGAAAAACGGCGAGGAACUAAAGAAAAAAUCUUUGGACAGUCUGAAGUAUGGAAUUUCCAAGCAUCUCUUAAGCACGUAUAACAUUAAUGUGAAAGACCAGCAAUUUUCAUCAAGUAAUCAAACCUACAAGUCGAAAGUUAAGCAGCUUAAGCGAAGUGGACAUGGGGGUGUCGACCACAAACCUGUAAUAUCCCAUAGCGAUCUGGAAAUAUUAAAUGGCAACAGUGUACCGUUUAAUAUUAACACUCCGUGUGGUCUCCAAAACAGGGUGUGGUUUAACUUAAUGUUCUACCUUCUGAGGAGAGGUCAAGAGAAUUUACGGUCCAUGACGAAGUCAACAUUUGCUAUAGCAACUGAUUCUACCGGAAGAAUGUUCAUACACCAGGUCAUCGCAGAAUCAACAAAAAAUCACGGGAUUUACGAUACUCCUGAUGAUACCACAGGAGAAGGGAAGCUCUACGAGCAGCCUGGCAGUACGUUUUGUCCAGUCCGAUGCUUUGAGAAGUACCUAUCUAAACUGAACCCUCAACUCGAAGCAUUAUGGCAAAGACCGUUAGAGACAUUUGAAGAGACAAGUGACAUUUGGUACUGUGCUGCACCAUUAGGCAAGAAUACUUUAUCCGGAAUGAUGCCUAGCAUUUCCAGACAGGCGGGACUCUCAAAAGUGUACACUAACCAUUGCUUGAGGGCUACACCUAUUACAAAACUUGAUUGACAUGGGAUCGAAGCCCGGCACAUAAUGAGGGCUGCAGGCCACAAAUCAGAAGUUAUUCUACACAUUUAAGUGAAGAUCAGCAACGCGAUAUGUCGGAUUGUCUAAGCAAGCCAUUUUCAAAUAGAAAAGAUAACGCUACUAUUAAAUGUGAUAAUGACAUGAAUGAACUGUCUGAACAAGACCUUUUAAUUAUUUUAUCAAAUGCGUUUCAAGAGUUGUUACAUGUAACUUAUAAUGACAGUAUUCAAAAUGCAGCGCCGGUUGUCAGUAAUCAAAAUGUAUUGCCAGUUGUCAGUAAUCAAAGUACAUUGCCAUUUGUCAGUAGUCAGAGUGCAUUGCCAGUUGUCAGUAAUCCAAAUGUUAUUCAAAACCAAGUGAUUAAGCAGACGUACAUUAGACUCACAGACAUUCACAGAACUGCUCCUCAGUUUAACUGUAGCAACUGUCCAGUCAAUUUUCACUAUCACAAAUUAACUUGCUAAAACAAAAACAUUGAAAAAAUACAAAUAAAUUAGUUUUAAGUUAAUUCUAUGUUACUGUUAGACUUAUAAAACACUUUAAGAGACAUGCUUAAUACUGUUUAACUAUUGAAUAUGUAUUUUCUAUAAUAAGAAAUUGACUUUGUUAACCAGUGUACUUGUAUUAUUGUUAUCAAAAUAUUAAUGGCUGUUCAUUGAUGAAAUUAAAUACAAUUAUUGAAUUUUAAAAUUGUUCAUGGUUCAUAUAAAUUGUUCAUGUUUGAAUAGUUUUUUCGGUAUAAUAAAAUAAAUAUUACAUGUCUGACAGGGUGACAGUAAAUUUGUUCAUUGCUGAAAUUUAAUACAAUCAUUGAAUAUUAAAAUUGUUCAUGGUUCAUAUAAAUUGUUAAUGUUUGAAUACUUUUUUCGGUAUAAUAAAAUAAAUAUGACAUGUCUGACAGGGUGACAGUAAAUUUUUCAACUUUUGGAAAAAUAUUUAUAUACUGUCCAUUAGAAACAAUAUUAAGACGGUCCUUAAACAAGUCUGCACGUGAUAGAGAAAACACUUUUUAUUAUUAAAAGUUGUAUAUAAUGUAAUUAUUGCUAUUUUUAGUCCACUAUUCUGUGAUAAAUAUUUAGGUGCAGGAAUAAGAUGUCGUCUAGUCGUAAUAUUCUUUUAUUCUUAAACAAUGAUAUAUUUUUAAUAAACAGUGAUUUGUGCUUAAAAAUUAUUGGUAGCAAGGUAUGAUAUGGGUGUGCGUGUGUGACAUACCGCACCUGUAUCUGCCAUGUGUCUCCUUUAUUUUUUCAGAGGUUGUUUAAUAACUUUCUCACACAGUUUUGUAACAUUGAACUUAUUGUAUGCUUAAGAUAAGGGAUCCCAAUGGAAAUAAGUACUUGUACUUUAUUGGGUUAUCCCAGGCCUGCAAGAUCAAUAUAUACUAGUUCACUGUUAUCUCUUGACUAUACAUGUAUUUUGUUUAUUAUAUGUUCUUAUCUAUAGUGUUGUUAUAAUAUACAUUGAUCUUGUACCUGGAUAAAUUUGAAUUUAAUUCAGGGCCCUUGCUACACUUUCAGGGAUUGGAGCCGGGGCCCUUAGAGGGGGGAUUUCGCGUCGUUUGAGGCGAAAAGGGGAAUUUUAAAAGAUAUUUUCAUCAACUUUUCAACACUUAAAAUUGCUAUAAUUUAAUGUAAUUUACACAAAUAUACAUUUAAACUAAGGUUAAUAGCACGAUACCAGCUGGCAACAUAGGUAUAAAUAAAAAACAACUUUUUAUGGAAGGGGGAAUUUUGAGCUUAAAUAUGGGGAAAAUGUAUACUAUUUUAAGGGGAAAUGGGGCUGAAUUUCGGCCCCAAAAACGGCCAAACGAGGGCACUAAAAUUUGAAUUGACCAUUUUAUGCGACAAUUGACAUUGAAUGCAGGAGUAUGCGUGUAUCAUGAUGGCAAUGAAUACUAACACGUGUACACGGUUUCUGUGUGUCGACAGCAAAUGUACUCGAAUGACAUUAACUUGUGUUUGAAACAAAAUCGCGUAAAGGAGUUAAACUGCGUCGUUAUUUGUGUCAGUUAAUAUGUCAUUGUUACGCUGAACUACUAAUUCAAUGGUCGCGGGUUCGAAUUCCAGCCGACCACAUUACUUGUUUGGUGAUUGGUUACGGAACCCGCCUCGUUUAUACAUCUACGUAGUUUAUUGCUCAUAUUGAAAAUGAUUAUCCGUUCUACCUUCUAUCUGUGUUGACGCUACUUGAAAUAUGUUCUCUAUAUUGUAUAAUCAAGAAAGAAUAUAUAAUAAGAACCAUAUGGCAUAUCAUAUGUCAUGUAAUUCAUCAUUUUUAUAUAUUAUUGCUCAUCUCGUCUAUACAUUUACGUACUUUUUUUGCUCAUUUAUUUAUGUGAAACAUGAAUUGAGUUUAAAUAAAAGGGGUUUUGACUUUGAGUUUGGAACUA